GUGGACAUCAAAACAUUGGAUCAGCUGAAAAACUGAGUUCUUUCAGGUUUGUUUGAAUCCAGAAUCAUGAUGAAGUCACUGUUUUUAGCGCGUCGGAUGGGAAUCCGUUCACAAGACUUGGCUGCAGUGACUCCUUCUCUGAAAUACUCUACCUGCACCACAUCACCUGAACUAACGACCUUUCCAGAGUUUGUGGAAGUUGAGUUGGUGGAUGAGCAGCCAGUCUCCUACUACGAUAGUGUCCUUAGGAAGAAGAUCCCCAAACAGGACUGGAUGGCAAAGAGUGAAGGUCCAGGUUCCUGGAAGAGAAGCAAUCAGGCAUUAAUCACUGCUCAGAAAACCUUUAAAAACAACAUUCAUUUCGCUAAACAGAACUUCAACCCCAUUGGAGGUGUCCAUAUUGUCCAGAACAUUUACGGCUGUAAAUGGAACGAUGAAGCUGGACAGGUUACUGGCUAUAAGCAGGAUGGCUGGGAUGGGAAAGACUUCAUGGCAUCGAUCAUGGAGACAAACACCUGGAUUGGUCCAAAACUACAGGAUGAAAAUACUACAAACAAAUCAAACAACAAAGCUCUGCUGGCACCAUGGGAGAACUGCUACAGCCUGAUUUACCCUGAGUGGAGGAGGAAGUACAUGAAUGAAUCUUUCCUUACAGUGACUCACUCUCUGCAGUAUUUCUAUACUGGAUCUACUGGAGUCCCAGAGCUCCCAGCAUACGUGUCUGCUGGGUACGUGGAUGAUGUUCAGAUCAGUCACUGUGACAGCAGAACCAACAGGAACGAACCCAGACAGGAAUGGAUGAACUUUCCUCAUUACUGGAAGAGUGAGACUGAGAUCUGUUUGAUGAACCAGAAGAUACUUGAGUGCAGCAUGGAGACGGUGAAGCAGCGCUUCAACCACACUGAAGGUGUUCACAUUUACCAGGCCAUGUAUGGCUGUCAGUGGGAUGAUGAAACGGAGCAGAUUAAUGGAUACCAGCAGUACGGUUAUGAUGGAGAAGAUUUUAUUUCCUUUGACCUGAACACUGGAACAUGGGUGGCUCCAAAACCUCAAGGCCUCAUCACCAAACACCAAUGGGACGCUGACCGAGCUUUGAUUGAACGAGCUAAAAAUGAUCUCACCCAGCGUUGUCGUGAAUAUCUGGAGAUGUAUGUGGUUUACGGGAGCCACACUCUGAUGAGAAAAGAUCUUCCCUCAGUGUCUUUCCUUCAGAGGUCUUCCUCGUCUCAAGUCAGCUGCUUUGCUACAGGUUUUUAUCCCAGUAAGGCUAAAAUGUUCUGGAGGAAAGAUGGAGCAGAGGUCCAUGAUGGUGUGGAGAAAGGAGAGAUCCUCCCUAACAAUGAUGGGACCUACCAGAUGUCUGCUGACAUCGAUCUUUCAUCUGUUCCACCUGAAGACAGGACCAAGUAUGAAUGUGUGUUUCAGCUCUCUGGUGAGAAAGAUCUCAUCCAUGAACUGAAGAAAACAAAAAUAAAAACCAAUAAAAACCACAGCAUGCUAAAUGCCUGCAGUGUCUUCCAAGACAAAACAAUAUUAACUAUUUCAGGAAUCAUUUCAUUCAUAAUUAUUUUAACACUUUGAAACCCUUAUAAACAACACAUGUAAUUUAUAGAUGUGACGAUGUUUCAACAAAAAAUGUCACUGUUUGUCAAGGAAGA